UAUUGCCAUUGAAUUUGUAUUUCAGUAGAAGAAGAAAAAUCCACGUCAAUAUUUUCGGCAUGUAAUGUCAAGCUAGUUCUAUCGAAAUGAUGUAUAGAUGUCUACUAUUGCCUCCCAGGUAUGAACAGGAAACGAGCUCUAGUUUCCGAUUUUUUCAAGGUGAAGAAAAGCCGAACCGCCACCGAGAAGUUUGGUCUCGAGUGUGAGGAACAAGGUCCGACUGAUGUCCGAGCUAGCCUGGAGUACCUCAUGACGCUGUCCCCCAGAAAGCUUUUCAAUGACGCUUUGCCUCAAAUUGUACUCAAGCACCAACUAUACAGCAUUCACCAUGACAAGACUCAGGUGGACAAAGAAGUGAAUAAACUGCGCGAGGAUGGGGAGCUGCUCAUGUUCCAGCUUGGCUUUGACGCCGAGGCGUACGGCCUGGUCUUCACGUCCGACUACAAGGCCAAAGUGUCCGCCGCAGAGGAGGGCAGAGAGACUCGAGGGACCGUGGACAAGUUCUUGGAGAGAGUGUUGUCUCCUUGCACGCAUUUGAGCUUCAACAAAGACCAAAUGAUCAGGGAGUUCCUCUUCACAGAUGCUGAAAUCACGCAACUGGUGAAGGCCGGGGUCUUGACUGUGAGGGAUGCUGGCAGCUGGUGGCUUUCCAUUCCCAACUCUGGCAGAUUCACCAAACACUUCAUCCAAGGUCGCAAAGGCGUGCUGGGCAUGGUGAAGAAGUCCAGGUACGGAGAAGCCUUGCAGGCCGAGCUUGAGGGGAGGCGGACCACCUCGCAAGUUAAAUUCCACAUCAAGUACCACAUCCACGAUCUUGUUGGCGCCGAGCUGGUGGACAGCAUACGGACAACUUCGGGAACUUUGUUACGAUUUGUUGACAAAGCGAAAUAAGCUGCUCAUCUUGUAACGUGUCCGCAAAACCUUCGAAAGGGUCCAUCUAUUAUAUACUUUGUUCUUGUCAGGAUUUGGAUUUAAGUAAUAAAAGUCACCUGCAUUAUUUGUUUGAAUUGCGUUGGGCAUAUCAGUUAGCUAGCUGCCAGGCCUAAAGUCAGUCGACUCUGAUGUGACUUAAUGAAGAAGGGAGACAAGAAAGUAUGUAUCACCGAGUCAAAAGUGUAUUUUUAACGAUGGAUGACAACCCUGUUCAAUUCUAUUGGACUUUAUUGGCUUUUUCAAAGACACAAGAAAGUGACAACCGCUUUGUAUCUAUAAAAACGAAAGCAGUCACAAAGACGUUGGCUUGACUUAAAGCACAGCUUGAUAUCUGAACACAAAAAACAACAGAUGAGCGAUGGUUCCUUUAACCCCUUGUACUUGGAAAGAAGCAAAAAAAUAUAUAGUGAUACUAAUGUUAACAUUUUUCAGUAUACAUCGCACUUGCAUGCCAUCGGCGUUGAGACACAAAGUAGAGAGGUUAACGUCGGGUUAGUUGUUAGAGGUGGCGAACGAAAAAGCAUAUUCCUAGUGUUAGUCCAAAAAUACAGUGAGUGGAGUGUAAGAUACACAAAAAAAAAA